CCUGGCUCCAAGCAACACCAGCGGCAGCUGCUCUACCCUUUCCUUCUUGGUCUUCUUGCUUGUGUGGGCUGCGUGCCCAGAUGUACGCGUUGCAGGGGGAGAGGCAGGGUGGCAAGCCCUGUCCCUCUCUGUGCCAUGACUUUGCUGCAGCAGCGCCUGCAAGACCAUGAGUGUGAUCGAGCACAGGUGUACUGCGAGCUGGAGGGCGUCCUGUGGGAAGAUGACAGCCGUCCACCAUGCGGAGAGGCGAACUGGCUGCUGGCAGAGGUGUCCCAGGACCUGAGAGCGACGCAGGGUGUGACAAACAACAUGAGGAUGGCUGCCAGCAACGUCCUGGUGGCUCUGGACCGGACACACUUCAGCUUGGUGAUGGCUGAGCUCCAGGGCCAUCUGAAGGCCAUGGGGGAGAUAGCCAAGGAGUUUGUGCUCAUCACCCUCACCAAACUGUUCAGCAACUACACUCCACAGUGCAUCCCCUUCAUGUGGCUGAUGCUGGCUGGCCUGCGCAGUGUGGUGGGCCAGGUGAGGAGUUGCUGGACCUUGCGCCUCGCUUGUGCUGUUGUGCAGCAUUGGUCAGAAGGAGUCCAGGUUCACUUCUGCUCUGGAAAGCAAUGCCCCCGGCCUGCCAUGGAGAAAGAGCAAAUCUACGAGAAUCUUUACCGGCUCUUCUUCUCCGUGCUGAGAAACUGGCAGGACUGCAAGGAGGAAAAGGACAAACAGGCCGUCCUCGGGGCUGUGGCUGCCAUGAUGGCUGUCCUCCUGCAAGACGAGCUGCACCGAGAGCAUGCCUGGGAGCAGCUCCUCUGGCUCAUGCGCCCACAUCAGGAGGUCCAAGACAUCUGCAGAGUGACCAACAGCCUCAGUAUGUUCCUGGAGGCCUUAGAGGGAGUUCAGACUGUCAUCCCCAAGGACAAGUUUCUGGCCAUUACCAGUGCAAUGUUCUACCAGCUCUCUGAUGACACCAAGCAGCACAGCGAGGCUAAUAGCAAAGAGCUGACCCACUGCAUCCUGCUGCAGGCCCGAAUCCGCCCAGAAGAAACACUCCUGUUUCUGCAGUUGCAGUUGGGCGAUGAGAAGGAGGCUGGAUGUGUGGCAGCCCUGGGUCUGCUCAGUGCUCUAGCUUGGUCUGAUGAACCCAUGAUGACGGAGAAGCUGCCCCAGAUUGCAGAGGCUGUGCAGCGUGUGUGCAGCAACCUCAGGAUCCAGGGGAUGAUCUCUCUUGUCAGCCAUGCUGCUGAGGGCAACUUCCACCCAGUCCUGGACACCCUCAUCAUGUUUUUGUCCAGGCUGUGCAAGGGCCGGAAUGGAAGGAUUCCCAGGAUCAAGAAGAUAAUGCUGAACAGCAGGAUUGUUCAUGCCACACGCAGCGUUCUCAUGCUCUCCUACAGCAGUUUGGCACUGUGUGCCUCCAGGGAACAACUGCUCGCCCGCCUGGAGGUAGACAUUGUGGGCAACAUCCUGCUGCUCUACAGCUGCAGCUGCCAGGACUUGAAGAACAAACUUGCACCGGUGCAGAGCAUCACCAACUCCAGCUCUGCCUUCCAAAGCGUGGGUGAUUCCGCCAGCUUUAACCUCUCCUUGAAGGCCAAGCUUCUGGAGAUCCUGAUGGACUUGCUGAAGAAGUAUUGCUUGGGUGUCCCUGUCUCCCCAGUGUCCCUCAAGGUGGUUCUGGCCCUGGAGCAGUUGAGUAAGCUGAAGCCUGCUUUUGGAAACAAGGACAUGUGUGAAAUGUUGACUCUGUUCUGCAAGAAUAUUGUGACACAGCCUUCAGAAAUGAUGCUGAAGAUCAGGAAGUCACAGCAAGCAGCUCAGUACCUGCAGCUUCAGCAAACAUCGUUGAAAGCUCUGGGCUGGCUCAUGGUGGUCCUGCUCGAGACAGAGCCCAGCCGUGACUGCUUCCAGAACACAGUCCAAGCUGGGGGCAUUGCUGUCCAGAGCAGAAGUGAACCUGGACUCCUUCUGACCAUGGUUGCACAACUGAGACAACAAGGUGAAACAGAAAAAUAA